AUGGUGAAUACUCGCAGUACAACGCGCAAAGAACGCGAGAGAAAAGCAGAAGAGGAUAGACAACUUCAGCUACAACAGCGUAAAAUCGGAGCAUCGCCCGGUGCAACAUACGCCCGCUUCGCUAACGGGGGCAAAGCCCAAGUCGUCAUCAUCGUCUGUGCUGGCUCGACGAAAACAGCUGGAACUAGAAGCGGCUCAAGAAAAAGCGCGUAUCCAAAUGGCCUCAUCGACAAGAAACUUGAAGCUGAUUUAGCUAACCUGACGGAUGAGGAACAAGAUAACUACAGUCCACAUGAUGAUCUGCACGCUGACAAACAGGGUGAAGUGGAAAAGUGGUUGGAACAAAGCCAACGUGAGCUGGAAUCCGCCGCGCAGCAAGUCCCCGAUCAAGGUAACCAGCCGGACCUGCCGUGCCCGCCGCCGGUCGUUGACCCCGGCACCUCUAAUGGAACGAUUCAAAUGCUCGCAAGUGCACUUCAAAAUCUAACUGCAAGUACCGCUAAACAAAAGAGUGACAAAAACCUGCUAAGCCGAUUAUGUACUCCCAGAGACCUACCUAGUUACUCUGGCGACCCUUUGGACUGGCUACAAUUUAAGCAGGCCUAUGAAGAGUCCACCGAAGUAUGCGGAUUCAGCCCGAAGGAGAACCUAUGGAGACUGAGAAAAUGCCUACAUGGAACUGCCAGGGAAGCAGUUUCAGCUUUAAUGGUUACUGCCACGUCGCCCGAUAUAGUGAUGAAAACCUUGGAAUUGGUAUGUGGAAAUCCAGAAAGCAUCUUAACUCGUAUUAUGCAAGGAUUACGCAAGCUACCAUCUAUGUCGAACGAGUACAGUAAGGACAUCGUAUCUUUCUCAGUCAAAGUACAAAACUUCAUCGCAGCCGUACAUGCAGUCGGCCGCAAAGAGUACCUACACGACGUAAACAUGGCUAACAUAAUUCUAUCUAAAUUACCGACUGUUAUUAUAUCGAAAUGGUCUGACUACAGUUUCCCCAUAAUAGCCGAAGGUAAGAAGCCACGCUUGGAGAUACUUGGAAACUUUUUAAACAUCGAAGCAGUCAAAAUAACCACUACAGCGAACAUUCACGUCACGGAUCAGCGCAGCAGUUAUCAACAUCACUCGAGAAACAAAAGUGAUAAUAAUAACGCCAACCGCCAGCAAACAGUUUUAUUGCAAUCGGCGCGCAGUGAUAAUAAGUGUUUAUUUUGCCGCGGUGCAAAACAUGAGUUAACUGAAUGCAAGAUGUUCAAAAAGGCGUUAAGAAAGGACCGGUGGCGUCAUGUGAAGCGCCAUGGAGUAUGCUUCAAGUGCCUAGUGUCACGCCACGAUCGCGAGAACUGCCCCGCGCCCGCUUGUGACAAGGAUGGAUGUGGCGAGGCGCAUCAUCGACUAUUACACUAUGUACAAAAUCGCGAUACAGAUAAGGAUGCUACGUCGGGAUCUCCGGAUACGCGGGAAACAGCUGAGUCCAGCCCUACUAAGGAAACCGUAUCCUUUAUAAACUUAAAUAACCAUAAAGUGUUGUUAAAAGUUGUGCCGAUAAAAAUACGCGGACCUAAUGGUGUGUUUACGUCAACUGCAUUUUUAGAUGACGGAAGUAGUAUCAGUCUUAUCAGUAAAUCGCUCGCCGAGCGCGCCGGCCUGCGCGGGCGCACUGAGACUAUGCGAGUGAGCGGAGCGUGGAGAGAUAGCGAUUUAGAGUGUACUACUACAGUUAUGUCUAUCGAUGUAUCUAGCCUUAAUGGUAGCGAUGUUUUUAAUAUCAGUUUACGAGCUGUAGAUAAUUUGCAAAUACCUGAGCAGGACUUUAGGUCCAUUGAUUGUAAUAAAUUUGCCCACUUACAGAAGGUAAAAGACAAAUGGUCACCUAAUCUAAUUUCUUGUAAACCUGAAGUUUUAAUUGGGCAGGAUAAUUAUGAUUUAAUUAUGCCGUUAGAAAUAUGUAAAGGUAAACCCUUUGAGCCGUUCGCUACACGCACUGUCUUAGGUUGGUCCGUCCAUGGGAAGAUGCGCGCCCCGCACGGCCGAUGCACCCGCGCCGCCCACAACCUGCUGAUAGCGGCGGAGGGCGCCGGCGCGCCCUGCCCGAGCGCCCACGAUGACGCGCUCCGCGACCUUCAUGAGGAAGUAAGGCGUUAUUUUUCUAUUGACUCUCUAGGUGUGUGUAACGAGCCUCGUCAAAACAGCGAUGACGUCCGUGCCUUAGCCCAAUUAGACCACACGACGACCUUCGCUGACGGCAGGUGGCAAGUAGGUCUGCCGUGGCGCGACGAGAACAGCGUGAUGCCUGACAGUUACCCUAACGCUCUAAAUAGGUUAAAGGGAGUUGAGAAGAAAAUGGCUGCAAACAGUGAGUAUGCUCAGAGGUACACGGAUCGAGUAAAUCAUUUGUUCCACAAUGAUUUUGCAAGGGAGCGUUACGCGUCCGCAAUGCCUGCUGCAGUUGCUGCCAUCUGCGAGCAACACUACAUGGACGAUUACUUGGACAGUUUGCCAGACGAGGCCGCAGCUAUAAAAAUGGUAAAAGACGUUACUUUUAUUCACAAACAGGGCGGGUUCGACAUGUGCAACUGGACAAGUAACAGCGAGGCAGUAUUGGACAGCGUGCCAAAAGAAGCCUUAGGCAAUGCAGCCUUAAGGUUCAAAUUAGAUCAACAGCAAGAAGAUGUUACUUAA